AUGAUUCUUUGUUAUUGCUUUUUUCGCAUUCCAGUUUUACGUUUUCUCGAACGACUCAAAACAACGUCACUAGAAAUCGCGUUAGUGUCAGUUUUCGAAGCCCCAUCUUCCAAUGGACAUGAUCAAAAGGGUGCCCGGAUCCUACGUGUGGGCAAGUCCGCAUCACCAGCCCCGGCAGCUGCGGCGGAUGGUGGUCCUGCAGCCGAGCAGAAAGCAGAUGUGACCAGUCUCGGAAUAGGCAGCACUGACAUUAAGGAGACUUUAAACACAAGAACCGAUGCAUCCGGAAUACAAGCAGCCUCUGCUAUCUGGGGAAAGAAAGGGAAAUGGCUCGUCAUUAUUGGUGAGAUUGAUAACUCGACAGUGUAUAUCUACAACAACUACUCAACGUCCUCAUUUGGUGCCCUGUCAAAGCUCGCAACUCUGAACACAGCCGCAUCUGUGCUGUUUGCUGUUAUCAAGCCGCCGGUUGCAAAGCUAUCCAGUGUCAUUGGCCGCGGCCAGACUUAUGUGCUGACUAUAAGCUUGUACAUAUUGUCAUACAUCCUCAUGGCCUCUGCGAAGACCCUGAAUACGUAUGCAGCGGGGUUUAUCUUGUACACGGUGGGACAGUCGGGAACAAACAUCAUGAAUGAUAUUGUCAUCUCCGACCUCAGCAAUGCGAGAUGGCGUGGCUUUGCGAUCGCGUUUUCUUUCGCUCCUUAUUUAAUUACCCCGUGGGUCUCUGGGUUCAUCGUUGACAGCGUCGUGAACGGGAUUGGGUGGCGCUGGGGCAUCGGCAUGUUUGCGAUCAUCAUGCCCUUCGGAGCCAGUUUCAUCAUCACAACCCUGCUCUACUACCAGACCCGAGCGAAGAAGAUGGGUCUGGUCGAACGCCAGAAACAGUCGGUCUCUGAAUUCUUCUCCCAGAUCGAUGUCGGAGGCUUGAUCCUCUUCAGCGGAGGCUUUGCUUUGAUAUUGGUUCCAAUGAGCUUGGCCGCAACAACAACCAGCCAAUGGAAGACGCCAUACGUCGAUGCACUGAUCGCCAUCGGGGGCGUCAUGCUGAUAGCUUUUCCAUUUUACGAGCACUAUGUUUCUCGACAUCCGUUCAUGCCUCCCGAGUAUUUCAAGAGCUUGACCAUUCUUCUUUGUCUAUUUCUUAUCGCAACAGACACUAUUGGGUUUUCAUGCACACACGCAUAUCUUUACACUUGGGCGACUGUUGCUCGAGGCUUUUCGGCGCGCGACGCCACUUUUUACAAUGCAACCAAUGGUGUGAUGCAAUGCUUUGUUGCCAUCAUCGCUGGCGGCUUCAUGUUCUGGACGCGUCGAUAUAAGUGGCUGGUAAUCCUUGGCGCAAUCAUUCGCCUCGUCGGGUACGGCAUCAUGAUUCGCCUGCGGGGCGCGUCCAACUCUAUGUUCGAGCUAUUCUUCGUUCAGAUUAUGCAAGGGUUUGGAUCGGGGAUCAUGCAGACGAAUUUGAUUGUGCCAGCUCAAAUCUCAGUACCUCAUGCCCAGAUGGCGCAGAUCACGGCUCUUGUGAUCUGCUUUUCCUUCCUUGGAUCGAGUAUUGGUUCUUGCAUUGCGGGCGGGAUAUACUCGGGCAAGAUUGACCAAGCAUUAUGGCAUCACCUCGGCAAGAAUGCGACACACGAGCAAGUAUCGAGCCUUGCCAAUUCGAUUACUGGAGUUCUCCCCGCUUGGGGAUCUUCAGAACGCAUAGCGAUCAACUUGGCUGUAUGA